UAUUCUUCAUAUUUAUGUGAUAAAAGGUAAAUGGUAAGUAACCUUACGUAACUUAUGACAACCAAAUCCUCAUACACACAAAUAUAGUGAUAAGCAGAUUUGCUGUGUCUUUAAAACCAAAUCAAAAUCUCAGUUUUUGGGUUAAAAUAAUCAUGUUUCUGUUAUUCCCCUUCAGGGUGAAGCCCACAAUGUCAGUUUUCCGAUCCGGUGUUCUGGUCUUGACAUCACCUCUCUCUGCCUUGUCCGUAAGGUUGGCACCUAUCCUAGCCUCUGCAGCCAAAGUUGUGCAAGACACCCUGUAUGUACAUCUGCAGCCUGGGCUUCUGUUAACAGGUUCAUCUCAACCUAAUUCUACGUACAUUCCAGCCACACCAGAAGUCUGCAACCUCAUUACAAAACUCUACUCAAAUGCGGAUGCCCACAGGAACCUUGAUGUGCGUGUUCUCUUAACUAAUAUUAAAAACCAAAGUAGCAGUCAGCAAAUACUGUCCUCUGUGCAGAACCUUUCCCAUCCCCCAGAAGUGGUUCUCACAGACUUUCAGACCAGCGACGGUGGUCAGUAUAACCCAGCCAAGCAGCAACUAGAGCGUUAUGCAACAAACUGCUACAGUUGCCAACCUAAUUUAAUAUCCGUGCUGCUUUAUCCUGACUAUGUGCAAUCAGAUGAAGAAAUUGUUGCAGAGGAGAUGAUUGACAAUAGUAAAAUUCUAGAAACUUAUAGUGAUGUAGUAGUUGGUGGAACUUUUGAUCGACUACACAAUGCUCACAAGAUCUUGCUUAGUGUAUGUAGUUUAUUGGCUGAAAGGAGACUUCUCAUUGGUGUUGCCGACAAAGAGCUUUUAGAUGGCAAAGUUCUAAAGGAGCUGAUUCAGCCUUAUAAGCAGCGAGUGGAGAUUAUGUCUCAAUUCCUAGUAGAUGUGAAACCUUCUCUGCAGUAUGACAUUGUGCCUAUAUCUGACCCUUUUGGGCCUUCAGUCACAGACCCAGAGCUGAAAUGCAUUGUGGUCAGCGAAGAAACACGACGUGGAGCAGUGUCUGUAAACAACAGGCGCCUGGAAAAUGCACUUUCAGAAUUGGCAGUUUAUGAGAUUCAGCUGGUUAAAGACCCUCUUCAUUCUGUCAAUGAGGAAGACAAAAUCAGUUCAUCUAGUUUAAGGAACAGGCUACUGGGGACAUUGCUCAUUCCUUCAACUGGGAAUCCCAACAUUUCUGCAAAGCCGUAUGUGAUUGGACUGACAGGAGGCAGUGGCAGUGGAAAGUCUUCUGUUGCAAAACGUCUGGAGGCCAUGGGAGCUACCAUAAUAGAUUGUGAUAAAUUGGGACACCUAAGCUACAAACCAGGAGGACCAGCCUAUCAGAAAGUUGUUGAUGAGUUUGGUACAGAUAUACUUUGUGCAGAUGGCACGAUUGAUAGAAAAGCAAUUGGGAGCAGAGUGUUUUCCAGCAAGGACCAAUUAAAGCGACUGACAGAUAUUGUAUGGCCAGCUAUAGCCGAUCUAGUGAAAGAAGCAUUGGUAGAGGCUGCUGCACAAGGUGUUUCUGUAUGUGUGCUCGAUGCUGCUGUUCUCCUGGAGGCUGGGUGGAAUGAUAUGGUCCAUGAGGUGUGGACAGUCCUCAUACCAGAAAAAGAGGCUGUAAUAAGAAUAAUGAACAGAGAUGGUGCCAGUGAGGAAGCAGCUAAAAGCAGACUAGCCAACCAAAUGACAAACUGUGAAAGGGUACAAAUGUCCAAUGUAGUUCUCUGCACUCUGUGGGAGCCGGAAGUCACACAGAAACAGGUUCAGAAAGCAUGGAACCUUCUCCAAAAACGACUAAAACAAGAGACAAGCUUUCCCAAUGACAAACCUGUUUUAAAGUCCAGGUUUUAAACAUAUGUAUGAACAGAAUCUAGUUACUUAUACUUCACUGGGAAUGAUAUCAUGCAGCUAUUUUAACACAUAAGCUGCCAAAACACCUUAUUUUAUUAUACAGAAAUGUUAGUCUGAUGAGUUUGUUCUGAGAGGUAAUUUUAUUGUUGACAUUUCUAAGAGAAAUUGUUUAAUUGAUUAAGAGUCCCAUGUAAUUUGUGGAAGAGGUAAUUGCAUUGAGUUGGACCCUCUGGUCCUAAAGAUAGUACUAGGGGUCUACUAAUGUUUUAGGUUUUUGGUAGUCUCAGAUAACUACAGAUCAGUUCUCUAGAGUGGUGGUAAGACAUGAGAAAUAUACCAUAUAACAUAAAUGAAGAUAGAUUAAAUGUUCUCAGCAUCGGUUCUUAGGUAGCCUCAACUGUUCUGGCUGUCAUACAAUUAUUAAAGAUCGGUCUGUACUCAUGUCAGGGUAAAUAGAAAUUUUGCACUCUGCGACACAGGGGAGGAUGCUUGUAGACUGGAGCUGAGGAACUUAGUGAUAAACUACAACUCCCACGAGCCUUGGUGAGACUGUAUGCAGGCAUCAUGUGUAGAGUUUUAAGAACACAUACAGUGUUUUAGGAAAUAAACUGAUUUUUAUUUUUAAGAGUUUUUAAAAUGAUUUCAGCUGUGACAAAAGCUGAAAUCAUUGAAUUUAGUAGCAUUCAUGAGAUUUGUGUAUAAUUGUAAAACUCCCAAGUUCAGUGGAUGUUGACAAGAAAUAAUGAUGGGAUAUGUCAGUUCAUUAAAGCAAAGACGAUAAAAGCUUCUAGAAGCAAA